AUGCGCCGUCAUCACGAUGUGUCUCCCAUCUCGUCGCCUGCCCUUUCGCGUGUCAACAGCAGGAACAGUGCUGUCUCCUCCCUGGACAUUUCUCCUAUUUCUUCGCCAGUCUUCUCGCCCACUCAGUUGUCUGCCUCCGGCCAUGGAGCACCAGCCUCAGACACAGCGACGAAUACCUCAUAUGAGCGCUCUUUCACCGAUGCCGAUGACUGGUUUGGACGCUUUCGCGAAGAUCUAGAUAUCUCUGAUGCGAUCCCUGACCGCAAGCAACUCAAUCUCGCUGGACAGAUCCCUGUGUACGAUGGCAAUGGAAACUCGCGACUCUUCAGCACUUUCUUCACUGGUCUGGAUGCUAUUGGCGACAGACAGUUCAUUAUUUUCGUGCGACACUUCUACUGCGGCGCCUGUCAAGCUUACAUGAAAGCCAUUGCCGAGGCCAUUACCAUGCAGGCUUACUAUACCAUGCGCGUUCCCACCAACAUUGUCGUUAUUGGCUGCGGUUCACCAUCCAUGAUUCCUUUCUACAAGCAGACCACUGGCUGCCCUUUCCCCAUCUUUGCCGACCCCACACGCAAACUCUACAAGGCUUUGGGAAUGACACUUACCCUCAACCUGGCCGGACCCAAGAGACCAGAGUACAUGAAGGAUAUCUCCUUCAACCAGUGGCAGCUCAAACAAUGGACGACAAUGGCAAAACCACCCAAAGGCAACUCUCGCUUCAAGGGUGGUAACUUGCUCCAGGUUGGUGGCGAGUUCCUGUUCCAGGAUGGCCAGGUCGUCUGGUGCCAUCGUAUGAAGAACAUGCGUGGCCAUGCUGAGGUCGAUGUCGUCAAGCGCGUCUUGGAGUUGGAUGAUUAA